AUGGAAUCAGAGGCUUCUCCCUCGACAAGCAAGCAACCACUCUCAAAAUAUUUGCGGUCUUGUCAUAAAACCUUUGAUUAUAGACUUACCGAUAAUGCACAGCAAAAAAUAUUGGAGCGAUUAUUUUCAGAGUUCUGGAGAUCUAAUGAUGAAUAUAGAACAUUAUUUUUUCCAAAUGGUUUCGGAGAAGGACCUGACGCAUAUAAACUAAGUUUAUCCCAAGGAGGGAGAACCGAAUAUUCACCAUCACAAAAAGGAAAAGCUUGCGGUCACGUUUUUAAGAAGGGCGAAGGUGUAUACCGUUGCAGAGAUUGCGGACUCGACGAAACGUGCGUAUUUUGCUCUCGUUGCUUCCACGCUACGAAUCACGAGGGACACGAUAUUAUAUUUGCUGUAGGUGGAUCUGGAGGUUGCUGUGAUUGUGGCGACCCAGAAGCCUGGAAAAGGCCUAUUCAUUGUAUUUAUCAUUCACCAGAAGAUACAACUUCAGCAGAUCUUGAAGAUAUACAGUCUAAAGAAGAUUUACCCCCUGAUCUCCUAAAUUCGAUGCACGAAACUAUUUCAACUGUUCUUGAUUUCAUGUUAGAGACUUUAUCUGCUUCCCCUGAGGAUAUAAGUCCUCCGCUUAAUGAGUCAGAAGUGAGACAAGAGGCGAUAGACGUCGCAAAUUCUAUCAAUGACACAGAUAGUAGUGCGGAGGAAGAGAAAUUAUUUGCCGUUAUUCUUUGGAAUGACGAAAAUCAUUCUUUUAAUGAAGUGAUUGAUCAUGUCGUUGAUGCCACUGAAUGUACUAAAGAGGUGGCGAAGAAUAUGGCGGAAAGGGUCGAUUCAUAUGGAAGAGACAUCGUUGAAUUAUCUGAGGAUAUUCCACGUCUUCUCACAAUAUCACGAGAGAUUUCGUCCAUAGGUUUGGCAGUCACUGUAAGAUCUGCAAGAGAUACUUUUCGUGAGGGAAUGUGUGGUCUUUUCAUCGAUUGGCUGAAAGAUCUCGUAAAAGGAAAGAUAAGGUCAAACGGCACCUUGCUAGGAGAUAUUGUUUGUGAAGAACUUUGCAAAGAAUGGAAAAGGCCUCAUCUAACAAAACACCCAAGGAUCAAGGAACACGAUGAGAAAAAUAGGGCCUAUAACGAGGUUUUUAUUGGGGAUAGACAGAACGCAUACAUGAGUGACGAUGAAGUUAUGGUCGUAAUAGAAAAUGAUAAUGGUCCUCCUGUUGAUAUUGAUUACAAUCAAUCGUCUGGAUAUGGUGGUGAUUAUGAUGUCUCGAUGGAGGAAGAAUCAGAUGACACAAUAGAGCCGAUGGAUGAAGACGAAUCUAUUAUACAACGUGGAACCACAUUAAUGCAGUCAAUCGCAGACUUCAAAAAGAAAUUAAGAUUAGACGUGUUAUUACACUUGGAUGUAAGACUUUGGAAGGAAGCCAGGUCUGGACUCAGGGAAUUAUACGUUAGAACUCUUCUAGUUAAUCCUGAAUAUAAAAAGAUUAUGGGCAUUCGUUUCGCUCGUAAUUACGUCAAACUCGCGAAGGCAUUCCUCACUCCUGACCGUGAACCCGAGCAUUCAAUAUUACUCUUCUCUGUCCAACUCUUUACGGUUCCGACGAUCUCCACGAUACUUGUGGCCCAAUACAAUUUGCUUUCAACAAUAUUUGCAAUGCUUUACACAUUUUUCACUUCAAAUACUGUCGGAGGCAUCGCUGAUGUCAAUCCUCAUGCUAAAAUAGAUUGUGAUUCCGAUAGUUUUAAAAACAGACGAUAUUUCCAUGUGUUUCAAGAUCUUCGUUAUAUCGUUAAUAACGAUGAUGUGAAAAAAGCAGUUCCCAAACACCGACAUUAUCUGUCACAAUAUCUCAACCUCAUUUCAUUGUUUCAAGGAAUGAAUCCAAACGUACGAGCCACUCAACAACAUAUAGAGUACGAGAAUGACAGUUGGGUCAAUGCCUUCAAUGUUACCUUGCAAAUCGCAAAGAGUUGUCGCCAGUAUUCCGAAUGUUAUACUGGAAACACCGAAACUUUAAACAAAAUGGAUGAGACCAGUGAUGAACAGCAAAAGGAGUCAAUAAUUUGUGAAUGGGGAACCUCAACACCAGACUCAUACGGGCCUUUCGCGAAAAGUGACAAAUUUUCAGAUGUUGGAAAUGAUGAUAGAGACAAUACCACCACUUCACUGCGAGAACAAGAAUUUCAUGAUGUAGUAUUUCCACAAAACCCUUACUUUCUUUCAUUUAGGGUUGUCAAAUUCGAGGUGGCCACACAACCUAUUAGUUUUCAUCACCCCUUACACUGGUUUUUGGCUGAACUAUUGGAGCACAUCGAAUUAUUGGACGAUGAUAUGUUAAAACAACAUGGGUGGAGCAGCUUUAAAAACAUGAUGUUGGGAUUCGAUGUUAACAGUGAAGAGGAGUUGAAUCAAAGAGCCAAGGAAAAAAUCCUUUGUAUUUUGGAUUACCCUUUGAGAGUGUUAGUCUUAUUGGUGCAGAUUCGUUCGGGAUUGUGGGUUCGAAAUGGUUUCGGUAUUCGAGGACAGUGUCACCAUUAUCGUGAAGUAUCUUUCCGUGAAAAUACUUAUGAUGAAGAUAUCCUUCUUCUUCAGACCGCAUUUGUGAUUUUGGAUCCGAACUUGGUUCUUGCCUCUAUUCUAGAUCGCUUCGAUCUUGUCGAUUGGUUCAAUGGUAUAACUAACCAUAAAGUGUAUGAUAACACGCAACUCUCUUUUAUCGCUGAAGAAUUGUUGGCGCUUUUAAUUGUUUGCGUUAGUGAGCGUGCGAAUGUUGCUGGUUUAAAUAUCGAACAAGAAAUUAGGCGUGAAAUUAUUCACGGGUUAUGCCUUGGACCUCUGGCGUAUUCCGAGUUGGCAAAACGUAUAUCUGAUCGCCUUACGCAAGACCUCUUAUUUGACAAAAUACUGUUUGAACUUUCCAAUUAUCGUCCACCGGACACCCUCACCGAUCAUGGAAUUUAUGAACUUAAGGACCAAUAUUUUGAAGAAGUUGAUCCUUACUUUAUCCACUAUUCGCGUAAUAACCGUGAGGAAGCUGAGGAGGCGUUAAGGAAUAGGAUGAGAAAAAAAAUGGACAAUUCUGAAAAACAAUCUGCUUCACCGUUGAUCAUACCAAAAUUGAUUCCAAUUACCAGUGGACCUUACGUUCGAUUGGGUAAUCUCUUGCACGCGCGUCUGUUGAAUCAAAUUGUUUACUAUGCCUUGUGGCACGUGAAAACUGACGAAAAGAUAAAAUCAGAUACACUAGUGGAUGAGGCCCUCCAUUUGGUCAUGUUGGCCUUGUUGGAUAAGAAUAACGAUAUAAUUCAAGAGAUCAAACGGAAAGGAAAACAAAAAGCGGUUGAUGAAUCAGCUAACGCUGGUGAAGGUGUAACCGGAUUUGUGUAUUAUGCAGUGUCGGAUUGUUUCCACGAGGAGGGUAGAAGUGCCACAAAAGCUCAAGGCACAAGUUUAUUGGAUUUAUUGCUCCAGUUAUCUUGUGAACAAAACUUCAAAGAAUUCCAUUAUAAGAUAGAGUUCAUAAUUGAUAAAUUUGAACAGCUUGGUAACGAUAGCGCAAAGUUGAUUAUUAGAAAACAUCGAGAAAAAUUACGUGCCGAAUUACAGUCAAAGGGUGGGGAAGAAAGUGAACUGACCGAAUAUGAACGGAAGAAAAAAGCAGCAAAGGAGAGGCAGAAAAAGAUAAUGGAACAAUUUGCGAUAGCCCAACAAAGUUUUAUAGAUAAAAAUGAAGAAUUAUAUGAUGAAUACGAUGAAAUGGAUCAGGAUUGGGAAAUGCCUUCCAACGAAGAUCACUUGGGAGAAAAUAAUUUAAUUCCAUCUGAAACCGUUUGGCCAUAUCCCACGGGAACUUGUAUUGUAUGCCAAGAGGAAACCAAUGCCUCAUCCCUUUAUGGAAUGUUGGGACUUAUUCAACCUUCAACGCUACUACGGAGGACACCGUUUGAGAAUAGUGAUUAUGUUUUCGAAGUAAUCGAAUUAUCAGAAAAUUUGGAUUGCAAGUAUGACCGUUCAACUAGAUCGCUUGCGAACCCAUCAUCGAUCAAUGGUUUCCCGUCUAAUUCUUGUCGUGCUGGAAUGUACGCUUCGACUUGUGGUCAUUUGAUGCACGUAAAAUGCUUUGACAAUUAUUUUGCGUCCUUGGAACAAAGACAUCAAUUGCAACUAGCAAGAAAUCAACCUGAGGAUGUUAAACGUAAAGAAUUCAUUUGUCCCUUGUGCAAGAGUUUGGGGAAUGUGUUGUUGCCUGUUGUUUGGAAAUCAAAGAAAGAGGUAUAUCCCGGAGUUUUGAAGGUCGACGUCGAUUUUAACACUUGGUUAUGUGAUAAUAUUGGUCUAGGUUUAGAAAAGGUGAAUGAGAAUACGCAUUUUACUCCAUCAGGAUCGAGUAUGUUACUUUCUAGUGUUGAGUUUGCUCGCCGUUUUCCACCGUCUUUUUCUUCCGGAACAACAUCUGAAGUGCGUGAUUUAGCCGAUAAUGGUUAUCCCCAAAAUAUUUCUCAGGUGCCAAUUAACCAACCCAGACGACGCGAUAGCGGCGGGGCGGGCAGAAUCAGAGAUGCAUUCGCUCAAAUUGUUCACAUGCUAAGAACGCCGACCGCCAUUCAUACCGCGAAUGAAGCUGGUGUGACCACUGUGACGCUUGGUGAGAUCCAUUCACUGCCGGUUACAUCCUCAAUUUCGAUUGCAGGAUCGUCCGAGGACGACGACCAGGAAACAAUACGUCGAAUGUACAACCGAUUGCAUGAGGUAAUACAAAUGUAUCGUAGAAAUUUUUCUGAGAUGACAUUUCAACACGUGUCAAUUAAGUCUGCUGAGUACAUGUGGGAUUUAUUUGGAUACACAAUAUCCUGCAUCGAAAUAAGUCAACGAGGUCUCAAUAAUACGAAUAGCGAAGGUGUCACAGGGAUAACUUUGGUUGAUGGUAUCAAUGCACAAACAUUAACACUUCUUCGGGUUCUAUCGGAAACAAUACUCACUUAUAUCAACACAAUGUUGAUUGGCCAACGCGGCGAGUUGGGAUUAAAACAGUUGUCAUCACACCGCAUACAGCAGAUAUUUUAUGGUCAUCCAGUAUUUCAACAAUGUGAUGGAAAUUCUGUACAAACUUUAAUAUCAGGUCCUGUCGCCGACUCUUCAAAAAAGGUGAAUGGGAUAUUCGGUCCCAGCUUUCAAUUCACCAAAGUCAAACCCCUAUUGCUUGAAGAUCCAUUUUUAGUGCUCGUCGAAAUUAGCAUGUUUACGGCCUCUGCUGCUGAUUACGAAAUACACCACAUGAUGCGCCUACUGUUUACGGCUGAAAUUGUUCGAGCCAUUAUCUCGAUGGUUGAGUCUACGAUAAAUGAAGGGGAAAAAUCUUGGAAGAAUGAUCAGCGACUAAAAAACAAUUUUGGCAAUAGCCAAUCAUUCUCAGAACCACAAUCAACACGAGACUUUGUUAUAUGGUUAUUGCAGCAAGUUGGUUAUAAAGAAAACGAUGUUACAAAGUUUUUUGAUGAUAUUGAUGGAAAGACUUUCUUGAAAAUGAUUCAAUCAUUCUGCUUACCUUAUUUGAGAAAAUGUAUUAUUUUAUUACAUACAAGAUACGGCGUCGUGUUUCCCAUUAACCUAUUGGACAAUUCUGACUCCGAGAAGUCCGAAUUUUCAAGGCUAUCCAAGUUACUUGGACUUCCUUCAUUAGAGCAAAUUUGUUCAUUAUGCAACAAUACUAAUACAAGUGAUGAGACCAUAUUGGCGAUUAUCGCUGGAUGGUGUCAUCACUUGUAUACACUUCGACAGGAACCGUUACCAACAGUCAAUUCUUCAGAUUCUGAUCAUGAAUUUCUCGUAUCAAGUGGCAUCUCCUCCAGUAAUAAGCGUCAAAAUAUUAGCGUCCGAAUGAAUCAUCCAGCAGUAUUUGAGUUGGUUUUAUUGCCAAGAAAUUUGGAUGCUCUAUUUGAGGAAAGUCUGAAGCGAGCUUGCAAAAAAUGCAAUACUGUACCUCAUGAAUCCGCUCUGUGCCUUCUUUGUGGAAAUUUC